UUUCAACAGCCUUUGUUUAUUUUUACAUCUCUGAAAGACUAGCGUUUCUUUACGGUAUAACUUGAUUAUUAACAUGUGGAAAAAUCAGCGAUAAACUAAUACCACAUAAUGGAGGUUCACAAUGAAUGCGAAAUAUUUAAAAUUCUCAACGAGAACAGUGGUGAUGACACUCAGGUCACAGAGCUGCUGGAGAAGAUAGAGGAGAUGGUAGCAGCUAACAGUGGCUACUAUUUUAAAAAGGACAGAAAGAUUCUACAGGAGAUGGAAGAAAGGAAGAGAGCAAAACAGAGGAGGAUGGAGGUACAGAAACUGAGAGAGUUCAGCAGAGCAGUGAUGGGUGACACACAACAUCUCUCAGAGCUGAGGAUUGUGCUGCUGGGGUACAGACAUGCUGGGAAGAGUUCAGCAGGAAACACCAUCCUGGGCAGAGAGGAGUUUGAGUUAAAGCAAACUAAUCAGUGUGUGAAGAGACAGGGAGAUGUAGCAGGGAGGAAGAUCACUGUAGUUGAAGCUCCAGGAUGGUGCUGGAAUGAACCUGUAGAGCAGAGCAGUGAGUUACUGAAACAACAGAUUGUGCUCAGUGUGUCUCUGUGUCCUCCAGGACCCCAUGUUCUACUGCUGGUCUUACGUGUGAACAUACAUUUUGAAGAGCAUGAGAGAAGAGUGGUAGAGACAUACAUGGAUCUUUUCACUGAGAGAGUCUGGAGUCACACUAUAGUUCUGCUCACCUAUGGGGACUGGCUGGAAGACACACCCAUAGAGCAGUACACUGAGAGUGAAGACAGCGCCCUCCAAUGGCUGGUUGAGAAAUGUGGGAACAGGUAUCAUGUUCUCAACAAUGAGAACAGUGGUGAUGACACUCAGGUCACAGAGCUGCUGGAGAAGAUAGAGGAGAUGGUGGCAGCUAACAGUGGCUGCUGUUUUGAAAUGGACAGAAAGAUUCUACAGGAGAUGGAAGAAAGGAAGAGAGUACUAGAAGGAAGAGCAAGAGAGAGGGCAAUGAAGAUACAGAAACAGAGAGAGGACAUCAGAGCACUGAUGGGUGACUCGCACCACUUCUCAGAGCUGAGGAUUGUGCUGCUGGGGUACAAACGUGCUGGGAAGAGUUCAGCAGGAAACACCAUCCUGGGCAGAGAGGAGUUUGAGUUAAAGCAAACUGCUCAGUGUGUGAAGAGACAGGGAGAUGUAGCAGGGAGGAAGAUCACUGUGGUUGAAGCUCCAGGAUGGUGGUGGAUUGAGCCUGUAGAGAAGAGCAGUGAGUUACUGAAACAGGAGAUUGUGCUCAGUGUGUCUCUGUGCCCUCCAGGACCCCAUGUUCUACUGCUGGUCUUACAUGUGGAUGCACGUUUUAAAGAGCCAGAGAGAAGAGCACUAGAAGAACACAUGAAACUUCUCACUGACAGAAGCUGGAGUCACACUAUUAUUCUGUUCACAUCUGGGGACUGGCUGGCAGACACACCCAUAGAGCAGCACAUUGAGAGUGAAGACAGUGCCCUCCGGUGGCUGGUUGAGAAAUGUGAGAACAGGUACCAUGUUCUCAACAAUGAGAACAGUGGUGAUGACACUCAGGUCACAGAGCUGCUGGAGAAGAUAGAGGAGUUGGUGGCAGCUAACAGUGGCUGCUGUUUUGAAAUGGACAGAAAGAUUCUACAGGAGGUGGAAGAGAGGAAGAGAGUACUAGAAGAGAGAGCAAGAGAUAGGCUGAUGAAAGUACAGAAACAGAGAGAGGACAUCAGAGCAGUGAUGGGUGAGACACACAACCCCUCAGAACUGAGGAUUAUUCUGCUGGGGAACAGCUGUUCUGAGAAGAGUUCAGCAGGAAACACCAUCCUGGGAAGAGAGGAGUUUGGGUCAAAGAGUACUGCUCAGUGUGUCAAGAGACAGGGAAAAGUAGCAGGGAGGAAGAUCACUGUAGUUGACGCUCCAGGAUGGUGGAUAUAUACACCUGUAGAGCUGUGUCCUCCAGGACCACAUGCUGUACUGCUGGUCUUAUGUAUGGACUCAAAUUUUAAAGAUCAUGAUAGAACAGUACUAGACAGACACAUGAACCUUCUCACUGAGAGAAUCUGGAGUCACACUAUGGUUCUGUUCACGUUUGGGGACUAUCUGAGAGACACACUCAUAGAGCAGCACAUUGAGAGUGAAGGGAAGAACCUCCAAUGGCUGGUUGAGAAAUGUGGGAACAGGUACCAUGUUCUCAACAUCAAGAACAGGGGUGAUGACACUCAGGUCACAGAGCUGCUGGAGAAGAUAGAGGAGAUGGUGGCAGCAAACAGAGGCUACUAUUUUAAAAAGGAGAGAAAGAGAGCAGACAGAGAGGAGAAAGACAGGAGAGCAGAGGAAGAGAGAGCAAAAGAGAGGAGGAUGGAGGUACAGAAACAGAGAGAAGACAUCACAGCAGUGAUUGAGCAGGAAAUGACUGAAGACAGUGGGAGCUCAGGCUGUCAGUAAGUAAAACGCACUUCAGCAUUCAGACAUGGUGGAUAUUCCUCCCUGCUGUUUAGUGAGGACAUGGCAAACAACAGAGAUUGCAGAUUAUUCAGAUGAGUAUUUAUUUCUUGCAGUAAUAUUUCCAUGAAAGUGAGGUGGAAAACAAGG